UGCAAAUUUGUCAGCAUCUAGUUUCAUACCACGUUUGUAGGUUAUCCUUGGUUAGAAAGGCUUCUUCCCACCCCCCUCUGGCCCAGCUUUGACCUUUCAAAUAGGGUGAAAAGAUGUACGAGAUCCCAGGAGCAAUGGAAAACUUAGAUGGCCACGGAUGUAAGCCAAGAGGAUUGGCAUUGUAUGUGGUCCACGUCCUGCUUAGGUGGAACUGCAAGAGUUGCUGAAGCAGGGCCCGGGGUUUGCACAGAGCUAGUUACACUCACCUCGUCUCUUUCAUUACUCUGGGAUUUAAAACUGCUCAGUUAUAGCUACCAAGCUAAAAAUUAGUACACCUUUUUAAAGAGUAAUCGAUAAAGGCUGUGGAGUGCCUUUGUCAUCUGACGUCUGUGAUUUCAGUGUCGGUGACACGUGGUUUGUGACUGCUGACCCAGACAAGAAGUUCAGUGCCAGUGAGUCGCUGCUGUGCUUAUUUCACCAAAGCUGUGAUGCCCACUGAGACUCCUCCUUCUCCCCACCCCUGUAUUGCUUGAUGUUCCUAGUAGCUGUAAUCAAAUGGUAGAUUAUAACAGUGAAUGUAUUUAAAUUUAAAACUCCGUCGUUUUGGUGGCUGCACUGUUUGUUGCUCGUAGAGAGGUUCGUUCUGAGCCAGGUAACUUGUCGGCUGGUGUCCUGCCCCGGUCCUGCAGUCCAGGCUGUGCCAGCACCAGGGGCUGCUGCAGUCCACCUGCACUGAGCUAGCCAAGGGAGGGGAGGGGUAACUUUGGUCUUUGGUCAGGGCCUGUAUUAAUGCUCUAGCAAAAUCAGUGUGGGGCUUUCCCUUGGACACAGACUAGGCCUCCUUGGGACUAACAAUUCAUUUACUAUGAGUCAGGCACCUUUAGUCCUUGUUUUAUGUAAUAAAAGCUACAGUUGAUCAUAUAGCCUUUUUUUAAAAGCCUCUUUUUAUUCUGUCGGGUAUUUGGGGCUGAACUGUCUGCCUGGGUUUAAAUAUGGGGAUCCUAGCUGACAAAAAGACUGCGUGUGUGAUGUUAGGUUUGGGAGCGGGUGCAGGAAGGGUUUGGUCAUCUGGCCUAUGCCCCUACAGGGCCAGUUCUAACUCUGUGUGCCAUUGAACUCAACACAGGUACGGCUCGCAGGUCAUGGAGAAGGUUCUCAAGAUGGCUGAAGGCAUUGAUAUCGGGGAGAUGCGGACAUUCGAGUUGGUCCCCACUAGGAAACUGAAAAGACAUCUCUCUCCGUCUGACAGUCCAGAGCCAGAAGAGAUUCCCGAGCCUCCCAAAAAGAUGGUCCCCAAGUUUCGGGUACGACCACGUUUUGAACCCAUUCACUUUGUAACCAGUGCUGAGAAGGAUGGCAAGAAGGAAGAUUCUUCCGAUAACCAAAUGCAGGAGGUGAACCAGGAGGCAAAUACGAACAGCGAAGCACAGCCAGCUGAAAAUUGUCCGAGCUCUCCUUUUGAGAGCACCCAGGAGGUGGAUCCCCAGCUCUCCAACUUAGCUGGGCUUGGCUUUGCGAGCCAGGCAGCAACAACCAAUAUGGCUGUGAACAGUAUGGACGCUACCACAAGUGGCACGGUACAAGUUUCCGUUUCCCCUUCAACUGUCCAGUCUUCAUCAGAGACUUUCCCCCCAUCAGCUAUAGUACUGAAGCAGGCUUUUAUUGAGAAACUCUCAGCAGCUAUCUGGAAAAAUCUUGCUAACCCAGAUGCAAAUACUGGGACCGAUAAGAUUAACUAUACGUAUUUGUUGACACGUUCAAUUCAGGCGUGCAAGACGAAUCCUGAAUAUAUUUAUGCUCCUCUCAAAGAAAUUGCCCCCGCUGACCUCCCCAAGAGUAAGAAGCUCUUAACAGAUGGCUUUGCUUGCGAAGUACGAUGUCAGAACGUCUACCUGACCACCGGUUAUGCUGGCAGCAAAAACGGAUCCAGGGAUCGAGCCACGGAGUUGGCAGUCAAGCUGCUCCAGAGGUCUGUGGAAGUUAGAGUUAUUCAGCGGAAGUUCAAGCACACCUAUCAUGAAGACUUGGUGGUGUGUGAGGCAGGCGUGAGUCGCCCAGAUUUCCCUCCUGCUCUCAAACUUCAUGAUGAGUUUGUAGCUGCCAACAGGGACUGUGUCCCAGCGCAGCCUGGUACUGAAGCCAUGAAAACUCCUACUAAUACCAGCAAACACUGGACUAGUUUUGUCCUCACGGAGAAUGCUAGCGAUGCCAUCGGGAUACUUAACAAUUCUGCCUCGUAUAACAAAAUGUCUGUUGAAUAUAAAUAUGACUUAAUGCCCAACCGCACAUGGCGUUGUCGAGUGUAUCUGCAGGAUCACUGCUUAGCCGAGGGAUUUGGCACUAAGAAGACCAGCAAGCAUGCAGCAGCUGAUGAGGCAUUGAAAAUUCUGCAGAAGACGCAGUCGAACAUGACAGCCAUCAAAGUGACCCAGGUUCAGAAAGUGGGUUGCUCAUCACGGGGCUCUGGAAGGAAGAAGGACCUGAAGGACCUUGUGGUUUAUGAGAACUCCAAUAAUCCAGUGUGUACGCUAAAUGACACUGCUCAGUUCAACAAGAUGACGGUGGAGUAUGUCUUUGAAAGGAUGACUGGCAUGCGAUGGAAAUGCAAGGUGCUGCUUGAAAACGAAUUCAUCGCAGAAGCAGUUGGAGUGAAGAAAUCCGUCAAGCAUGAGGCAGCAGAGGAAGCUGUGAAAAUCCUCAAAAAGACUCAGCCAACUGUUGUUAAUAACCUGAAGAAAGGCACCAUUGAAGAUGUCAUCUCCAGAAAUGAGAUUCAGGGUCGAUCAGCAGAAGAGGCUUUCAAACAGAAGAUCAAAGAAGACAAUAUUGGGAAUCAAAUUUUAAGAAAGAUGGGCUGGACAGGUGGUGGCUUAGGAAAAGAUGGCGAAGGAAUUAGAGAGCCUAUUUCAGUGAAGGAGCAGUUUAAAAGGGAAGGACUCGGGCUUGAUGUAGAAAGGGUGAACAAAAUCGCUAAAAGAGAUAUCGAACAGAUAAUUCGAAACUAUGCACGCUCUGAAAGUCAUAUUGACUUGACUUUCUCUACAGAACUUACCAAUGAUGAGCGGAAGCAGAUACAUCAGAUUGCCCAAAAAUACGGUCUUAAAAGUAAAUCUCAUGGGCAGGGCCAUGACAGAUACUUGGUGGUAAGCAGGAAGCGGCGCAAGGAAGAUCUAUUAGACCAGCUGAAGCAAGAAGGCCAGGUUGGGCAUUAUGAGCUUAUUAUGCCUCAAGCAAACUGAGAUUAUGGUGUCCAAUUCUACAGGUGAAAGUAUGAUGAGACUGAACUUCUAGAUCCCUAAUUAAAGAAAGAGAUGCUGCAUUUUCUUCUUGUGGGAUAUGUUAACAUUGAAAUGUUUUACUUUGCUCAUAUAAUUUCUAAAAUGUUACUAGACAAUUAGAACUGACACAGUUCUGUUCAAGUAUAGUAGCACAGCCCACAAAACAAUAGUGCUGUUACUGUAUGUGUCUUUGAUAUUACUUGUUCCUUCACAUUUUAAUAGUUUUGUAAUAGCAAAAACACAUGUCCAACCAGAAAGCAUUUGACGCCACUUAAAAUUAUAGAUCCCUUAUUCUUUUUGACUGAGGAAGGAAAAAAUUGCCUUUUUUUACAAAAAAAUAAAAAAAGAAGAAAAAGGAAAAAAAGCAAAGGAAAUGCAGUUUGGAGGAAUAAACCUGUAUGUAAAGUGGGUAUUAAUGACAAUAAAAAUACAGUUUUAUUUCUGGAAAAAAAACCAAAACAGGAUUUGUCACAUUUUGUACAAAUUUUGUGUGAAACUGUAUUUACUCUUGAGAAAUAUAUAGCAAGCUCUUGUCUCUGCUCUGAAUGUAUGUAGCGAGAUGUCCUCAACCAAUUUAACAAUAGAGUUUUAUUCAUAGAGUUCUACCUUGAAUCUCCCAUACUGAGAAUUAUUGAAUGCACCUUAGCCACCCGUGUGUUGGACUUGGAUCUAAUUCCAGUGCAUUUUUACCUUGAAGCACUGCUUGACAUGUGCAAAUACCGUGGUGAAGUGUGAAAUAUAAAAACUGGAGGUAAAUGCAGAACCCACGCAUCAAAGAUGCUUGUGUAGCUUGUGGGGACUGUUAUAUAACUUAUUUUUUUACUUUGAAUAUAAGCUCUUUAAUCCUGAGCAAAAUCAAAUCUGUGCCUAAUUAUUUCUCUGCUCCGUUAAUGUACCUGUGCUUGUGUAUGUCGAGGGAGAUUCGCAAGUAAACUUUUCUGCUCUUGCUCUGACGUGCAGUGUGAGUGUGGCAUCUCUCCAGGACCGGUGCGCUGCCAGAGGUCUAGACCAGUCCUCUUGCCCUGGGAAGCAAAAGCCGGGUCUCUGCCUGUUGCCACUUCAUCAGCGGUGCCGCAGGAAG